CCGCCGUUACAAGCUGUCAACGUCAUAUAGCUGUCAACGUCAUAAUGAUGUCAUUGUCAAGCGUGAGAUAACUACAGAUAAGAAAUCAAGAUGGCGCACGACAAGGGAUGGGCGGAAUAUUUUCAGAACAGCUCUCAUUCGGAUUUCAAACCCAACGAUGACAUUUAUCCAAAUGGCCUAGAUGUUGCCGCCAAAUCGAAUUUCAAUUUCUACGACAAUCAAACUUUGGAUGAUGAAUAUUAUUCGAAUAUUACGACAGAUGAUUAUUGUUCGUCAAACCAUUCGCACGUAUAUUUAAAUAUUACAUGCCAAUUUCCUGUAAAUUAUGCCGAACCUAUGUAUGGAUACAUCGCGCCGUUCCUCCUAGCAACCACAACUGUAGCGAACACGCUCAUAGUGGUGGUUCUAUCCCGACGUCACAUGCGAACGCCAACCAACGUGGUCCUGAUGGCGAUGGCCCUUUGUGACAUGUUCACAAUGUUAUUUCCGGCACCUUGGCUCUUUUAUAUGUACACAUUUGGCAACCACUACAAGCCGCUGAGUCCUGUACAAGCGUGUCAAGCCUGGCAUUAUAUGAAUGACGUGAUACCAGCCAUGUUUCACACGGCCAGUAUUUGGUUGACACUAGCGCUAGCAGUCCAAAGAUACAUAUAUGUUUGUCACGCGCCUGUUGCGAGGACUUGGUGUACCAUGCCGCGUGUGAAAAAGUGUCUUAUCUACAUAGGUAUGGCAGCCUUCCUGCAUCAGUUUCCCAGAUUUUUCGAGAAGGAAUACGUACCUCAUAUUACAGUGUGGAGAGGACAUUUGGAAGAAGUUUGUAGAGGUCAAAUAGCAUCGUGGGUGCGGACGCUCUCAGUAGACGCAUACUUCAUUACCUACUUCACUUUCCGAGUACUAUUUGUCCACUUAAUCCCUUGUACCUCUCUCGUUGUACUAAACGUCCUCCUCUUCAGAGCCAUGAGAACCGCCCAGAUAAACAGACAAAAGCUAUUCAAGGAGAACCGUAAAUCCGAAUGCAAACGACUUAGAGAUUCCAACUGCACAACACUAAUGCUUAUCGUCGUUGUCACAGUAUUUCUGCUAGUCGAAAUACCGGUCGCCGUCGUCACGAUACUCCACAUAAUCUCCAGCACCCUAGUCGAGAUUCUCGACUACGAUAUAGCGAACGUUCUCAUUCUCAUCACUAAUUUCUGUAUAAUUGUUUCGUACCCGAUAAAUUUUGCUAUUUAUUGCGGCAUGUCGCGACAAUUUCGGGAGACGUUUAAAGAAUUAUUUAUUCGUGGAACUGUCACGAGCAGAAAUGGCGGUUCAAGUCGAUAUUCCCUCGUAAACGGCCCGCGAACUUGUACAAACGAAACCGUACUUUAGACAGACUAAAAAUAAUUUGUAAUCUGUGCAUUCAUGUAGUAUAGAUGUAAAUAUGUCACUUUAUAUUGUCUAUUACAUUUGUAGACAUAUCAGUUUUAUUUGAUAGCGUAUUAAAUGUAUUUUUUUAAGUCGCCUUAUUGUAAAGAUUGUUGUAUGUUGAACAUUACUUUUCCAAGACUGUAUGAUUACUCGAUCAUAAUGUUGUUUUAUUUGUCAUUGAUCGACUAGUUUUAUAGUCUGUGGAUGGUGAGCCCCCAUUCAGGGAAAGUAUUGUAAAAUUAGAGUUUAUAUUGUAAUGUGUAAGUAAAUGUGCUUUGAUAAAUGUAAAUAUUUGUAUGUACAAUAAAAUUAUUUAUGAAUUAAUUUAAAAAAUAAAUUUAUUUGUAUGUUAUCGGUGUAAGCUUUUGUGUUGGUGAAGAUAACCUCAUUUAUAGAGUCAUUGUAAUUUUUUUAAUGGACCAUGGCAUUUUGAAUCGAUUCAAAUGUGAUUUUAAAUAAAUAAUGUGAAUUGUA